AAAAAAAAAAAUAUAUAUAUAAAUAUAUAUAUAUAAAAAAUAAAAAAAAACUUCCCGCAAGCUGUGUGAAAGCCCACCAUUUAAACUGGAGUAUCUUAGUUGACGUUGAAGCGAUCGUGUGUCCUAUUAUUUAGACAGAAAAAAAAAAAAAAAAAGCACAAGUAAAUAAUUUUAUAUAAUUUUAAUUGAAUACUUAAAUAAUUAUAUAUUAUAUUUUUAUGUGAGUGUAAUAGUGGUAAAUUUAAUUGACAAUUUUUUCAUUUUUUUCUUUUUUAAAAUAUGAAAGUGAAAUUAAUUAUUAAAUUUAAGUGUAAUGAUUGUAUUUCAUCGACAAAAGAAGAAUAAGAAAAAUGAAAAUUUGUGUUUUAUCAUGACCAUUAAUACUGGUGAGGCUUCUGAAUGAGGCAAAGCCACCAUAGGUAACCAGUGAGUUAUGUCUGUAAGCCACGGUGAACAUGCAGCUAGGUCUGUUGCCUUGGAGCAGGCUUAUGUUCAUGAAGUUUAUGAACAAUGUGCUGAAAAAACAGCUCAAACAAGACACUGGCCAAGUGUUUAUAAAUUUCUUGAAGAACUUGAACCUGGUGCACUUGUUUGUGACAUUGGUUGCGGUGAUGGCAAAUACCUAAAUGCCAAUAAAAAUAUUUUUAAUGUUGGUGGUGACAGAUGUAAACGUCUGACAGAUAUAGCUCGAGAAAAAGAAAAAGAAGUAUUAGUAUGUGACAAUCUCUCGUUACCAUUUCGAGACGAAAGUUUUGAUGCUGUACUUUCAAUAGCAGUUGUUCAUCAUUUUGCAACAACAGAACGUCGUGUAAAUGCAUUAAAAGAACUUGCAAGAGUAUUAAGAAUUGGUGGAAAACUUGUUAUAUCUGUAUGGGCAAUGGAACAACGUCAUAGAAAAUUUGAAUCACAAGAUGUACUUGUACCAUGGCCAAAAUCAUAUUGUUUAAAUUCUGGUAUGAAACCAUGUAUGAAAAAAUUACGUCAAAAUUCAUCAAAAAAAGGAUGUAUAUUAAAAACAAAAAAAUCAAAAUAUGAAAAAAAUAAUUGUAAUAAUAAAAAUCAUUGGAAUGAACAAAUAUUUAGUCCAUCACCAUCAACAAGUAGUUUAUCAAGUCCAAAUGAAACAUGCUAUAGUUUUUUUCGUCGUGCAUUACAAAAAUUAGCUGGUGGAAAAAGAAAUUCUAAUAAUCAACCUUGGUUUCGUGAAAGUUUUAACAGUAGUGGUAUUGGUGGUUUUAGUAGUAGUAGUAGUAGUGGUUAUGAUGAUAAAAAUAUUCAUCAUUAUCAUGAUUGUGGUGAUAUUGAUGAUAUACCAAUUGAAUUACGUCGUCUUGAAGAUGAUAAUAUAAUAAUAAAUAAACAAAAUGAAACAUUUAAUAUUAAAUCAAAAAGCCUUGGUGAUAUACUUGAAAUUCAACGAUCAAAUCUUGUUAGAUCAAGAUCAAGUAUACCUGGUUUAUGUUCAACAGUUGGAUCAAAUUUUAAUAUCAAUGAAGAAUCAAUGACGACAACAACAACAACAACAACAUCACCACAACCACCAUCAUCACGACCAGUAUCACCAACACAACCACCAUUACUUUUUACAGCUUACAAGCCACGUCUUGUUAAGCAAAAAACUCAUUUAAUUGAUGAUACUUGUUUGGAGAUUCCUGAAGAUACUGCCAUACGAGAACUUAUAAAAGAUCUUCCAGAAUUUCCAACAAAUAUUCAUCAAAGUUUAUCAGGAAAACGUGGAAAUAUUCAUAAACAAAGUUCAAUGAAUGAAGAAUUUAUGUCAAUGGGAAGAAUUGCUGAACGUGAAUAUGUUAGAAAAAAUAUAAUGAAACAAGCAUCAUUAAAUGAAGAAAUAAUAUGUAAACAUAGUACAUUUGAAACAUUUAAAGAUUCAAUAUCAUCUGUUAAUGCAACACGUAAAUUUAAAUUAUUAAAAAAUGGUUUAACAAAAAGAUUACAACAAUCAACAAUGAGUAUGGAAAAAGUAUCUGGUAUGUCAAUUAAAAAUGGUUUUGUUAAAAUAUUACAAGGUUGGAAAUCAAAUGAUUCAGAAAAUGAUUGUGUUGAUAAUGAUGAUAAUGAUGAAGAUGAAGAUGAUGAUAAUAAAACAACUGAAUUAUUAAAAAAUGAAAAAAAUAUAAAAAUUAUUUAUAAAAAAGAUACAAAUGAAAUAACUGAAAGACGUUUAUCAAAAGAAGAUGGUUCAGAUUCAUCAAAAGAUAGUAGUUUACAAAGUGAUACAAGUGUUGAUUCAGAGGAUAGUUUUGCAUCUGUUAUUUAUGUGCCAAAACGUGAAAUUCCACCAUUAAUUGAUGUACCAAGUGGUUAUCAAUUACGUACAACAUCAGCACCACCAUCACCGCGAAUAAAACAUCCACCAGAUUUACAUACACAAAGAAUUAAAAUGAUAUCAAUAUCACCAUUAUUAAAACAAUUUCCAGCAACAAGUAAAUCUCUGCCACCACCUAGUCCACCUGGUUUAUCACCAAAAACAAUUAAUUUAUAUAAUUCACGUCCAUUUUUUGGUCCAAAUUAUCAAAAAAAUCAACAUAUUAAUUAUACAUUUGAUAAACCAUCAAUAAAAACUAAUGAAAUUAAUUUACAAAAAAAUUUCAUUAACAAUGAUAAAAUUGUCAAUGUUGAUAAUACUAAAAAUAAAUAUUUUAAUAUACAAAAUGAUGAUAUUAAAAAAUCUAAUAAUGAUAAAUUACAUGAUAAUGUAUUAAUUGAUAAUACUAAAAAAUCAAAUAUUACAAUUGAUGAAGAUAAUGUGACAACAGUACCCAAUGAUAUUUCACCACUUAUAAUGACAAAUAAAAUACAAGAUUUUACAAGUAAUGAAUCAAUAAUAAUUGAUGAUAGUAGAAAAUCAAGAUUAAAACAAAUUAAAGAAUUACUAAAACAAAAACCAGGUUUUGCAACACGUUGUACAAAAUCAUCAUUUCCAUUAGUAAGACGUGCAUCAACAGCAACAGCUGGUAAACUUGAAACAGUUACAAGAACUUUACCACGUCUUUUAUCACUUGAAUUAUUUAAUCCAGAAACUGAUGAUCUUGAUAGUGAUUCAAGUGGUGUUUCAUCACCAGAAUCAGCUGGUUCUGUUAUCAGUGUUAUAUCUGAUGAAAGAUAUAUAUUAAAUAAAAAAUUAUCAAUGAUUAAAGUUACAGAUAAUACAGAUAACUUAACAACAUCAACAACAUCAACAAUGACGACAACGACGACAACAAAUAAUAUUGUUGAUGAUAAAGUAAAUUGUCAAACAAAAAUAUCAUCACAAGUAUCAUCACAAUCAUUACGUUUACUUGAAGCAGCAGCAAAUGUUGCAAGUUCAUUGGAAGAUGCUGUUAGUCAUGUUAUUAAAUCAAAUACACAAAAUGAAAAAAAAGAAAUAAUAAAUGAACCAGUUGAUAUUGAUAUUAUAAAAACAUUAACAAAUGAAAAAAUUGAACAAGUUAAAAAUUAUUUAAAAGAAACUGAUAGAAUAUCACCAAAUGAUGAAAAAUGGAAUGAUGAAUGUCAUCAACAUUUAAUUAAUUUUACUGAAAAAUUAAGUGAAAAUUUAAUAAAUGAUAUUGAUAAAUAUUGUCAAGAAAAAAAACAACAAUUUAAUAAUGAUAUAUUAAUUGAAAAAAAUAAUAAUACCCAAAAAAUAUUAUCAUCAUAUAAAAAUGAUUGUAAAUAUACUCAACUUGUUGAUAAUACAAUUGCAUGGUUAAAAAAUUCAACAGGUGAUAAUGAUUUUUCAGAAUAUAAUAAUAAAUUAAUACCAAUGGAAAAUGGAAUUGAAAAUGAUGAUGAUGACGAUAAUGACAAUGAUAAAUUGGAUAUUAAAAAUACAUCAAUUGAUAAAUCAUAUUUAAAACUUGGUGAAUCAAUUGAAUCAAGUGAUAUUGGUGAUUCAAUUGACAAUACAAUAAGUAUAUCUGAUGAAUCAACAAAUAAUAAAAAAUUAUCUAAUGAUUCAACAGCUUCACUUGUAUCAAGUAAUAAUUCAAAAGAUAAAAGAAAAUAUAAUUAUUCAAAAAAAUCAAUAUCCGAAGAUAUAACAAAUGAAAAAUAUAAUAAUAUAAGUAGUUCAUCAUCACAAGAAUCAUUAAAUUCAGAACGUGAUGAUAGUGGUGAUGGUGAUGGUGCUAUAACUUAUCAUCAAUAUUAUCAUGUAUUUAGAGAAGGUGAACUUGAUCAAUUAAUUAAUAAAUACGUUGAAAAUCUUCAUAUUAUAUCAUCAUAUUAUGAUCAUGCAAGUUGGUGUAUAGUUGCUGAAAAAGUUCAAGUUUGGACAAUUUGACUUUCAGUGAAAACUAUUAAUAUUAUUAUGUGAAAAAAAAAUAAAUAAAAAAUUAAAAAAACAAAA